GUUUGGAGACAGCACAGCAGUUGAGUCUUCAAGCUCAAGGAAGAAUAACUACUUAGUAGCUGAAAUCUCUAAACAAUGACCCAACAGAAUGUAAUCCAUUCCCAGGAGUGCCGGCCAAUAGAAAUACCAGUUCCUUUUGGGACUAUCAGCGGGAAAUGGUAUGGUUCGAGCAACAUACGACCACUUCUAUUCAUUCAUGGAUACAGCGAUAACAGUGGUACAUUCGAUCGUCUGAUCCCGUUACUCCCAACCCAGUACAGCUAUCUGGCAGUCGACCUUCCUGGCCAUGGAUUAUCUUCGCGACUUCCCCACGGAAUGAUGUAUCACUUGACCGAUACAAGCCUGGUUAUUUUGUGGAUCAUGAAGGCGUACAAAUGGUCCAAAGUGUCUCUGGUGGGACAUUCUUUAGGUGCAAUCAUGUGCUAUAUGUUCAUCGGUAUGAAUCCCGAGAAGGUGGAUCUUUUUAUUGCCAUCGACGCCUUGCAACCGUCGUAUCCUGGUAAUAUUCUCGAGCAACAAGCUUACUACAUGCAACGGGCUAUGGAAGUCGACGAGGCGAGCAUAAGAAAAGAUCUUCCAACAGUCUAUCCCUAUGAAGUUUUGCUGGAGAAGAUACACGAUGGACCAAGCAGCUCAAUCCCCAGGGACAUUUGUCAUCACUUGCUCUCGAGGAAUAUCACUGAAUCGAGGAUUUUUCCUAGUAGAUAUUGUUUUCGCCACGACAAUAGAACUAAAUAUCCGAUAAUUUUGGAGUGGUCGAAGGAAACCAAUGUACAAACGGCACAGACGGCAAAAUUUCCCACGUUGGUUAUCAAAGCGAGCGACUCGAUCCAUUACGGAGACGAGGAAGAAUUUGCACGGCUAAUAGAAAUAAUGAAACGCAAUCAUCCAAACACGAAGCUGGUAGGCGUGAAGGGAUGCCAUUACGUGCAUCUGAUCAACCCUGAGCGAGUAGCUAGUGCUAUCAUAGAAUUUUUAGACGGGUUUGGAUAUUUAGAAGAUGCUACCCAAAGUAAGUUGUGACUCUGGAGAUAUCAUUGUUUGUUAAAAUAGAUAAUGAUCCUAGAUUUAUGCAAUAUUUACUUACAUUGUUGCAAUUUCAUCUCUUCUGGAAAUGGUUGACAAAUAUAGCUUGUCCUUUCAUCAAUAAUAUUUCAAUCUGUUUAAAGUGUUAACGUAUUUAUAAGAAUGGCCGACUUAAAUCGCUUCAUGUAAUAAAUUAAUUCAAAAUUAACAUAGAAAAACGAUUAAAAACGGUGUCAUGAGGAUUCUUUUCAUAACAAUUUGUGAUCUUUUAAUGAAACAACAAAAAUUCCCUACUUGAGUAGCUUCAGUAAAAAAAAGAUGCGAGUUAGGUAACUGAAAAAUAUGGGUGACGGGCAGAUUUUUAGACGAAUAAAUUGAAAAUUUCCGGUUUGCUAGACACUAGACAAUCGAAAACCUUCCUAAAUUAUUCUCUAAAGACCGUUUUAGCUGA